AUGACAUCUACUGAUAUCAUUGCUGGUCCUGAGGGUGUAGCCGCCCUGGUUGACUUCACACCUGAACAGUUACAGUGGUAUAAGAUGGAGGACACAGCUGUGCCUCAUUUUACAUUAAUGGUUGCCGCAGACCACGAAUUGGGUGCUAUGUCUAAAAGAGCAGCUGAAACAACAGACUGGCUGACCACUCAGAUCACACAGGUCAAGUAUUCACCUUCAUUCAAGGCCUAUCUUAUAGCUAAACAGAUCAUGAUCGAGCUCAAUUUUUGUUGGACUCUCUUCCACCUGAGCUAUGGUCGGCAGGCCCAGAAGACGUCGGGUUUUAUGUCAUGCUUUCAUGAUUUCUGCCAUUAUGCAACAGACUGUGCAACACUUUUACCAGGACCAAAAAACUUUCCUCCUGGACCGUGGGCUCUUCCAUUUUUCGGCGACAUUCAUCGCAUCAGACCUGACAGAAUUCACCUGCAGUUCAGGGAGUUUGCAGAGGAACAUGGAAAAAUUUUCACCCUUCGACUCUUUGGUCAAAGAAUUGUGGUCAUUAAUAGCUACAAGUUUGUGAAAGAAGCCCUGGUCCAGCGAGCAGAAGACUUCAUCGAUCGUCCCACCAUACCAUUGUUUGAAGCUUUAUUUGGGAACAAAGGUCUUGUGGGUUCAAAUGGUUAUUCAUGGAAGCAGCAGAGACGAUUUGCUCUUCAUACACUCAGAAACUUUGGUCUGGGCAAGAAGACCCUGGAGUUAUACAUCCAGCAGGAGUGCCAGUAUAUCUCAGAAGCUUUCACACAACACCAAGGAAAGCCCUUUAAUGCCCAGCCACUGAUAAACAAUGCUGUGUCAAACAUCAUCUGCUGUUUGGUGUUUGGGAAUCGAUCUGAGUACACUGACAAGCAGUACCAGUCCAUUACUCAUAACUUCAGGGAAAUGUUGCGCUUACAGGGAACCGUGUCAACACAGAUGUACAACGCAAUGCCCUGGCUGAUGAAGUGGCUGCCUGGACCUCAUAAGAAGAUGUUCACUCUGGUACAACAGAUAAAUGACUACACAGAAAUCAGGAUCAGAGAACACAAAGAAAACCUUAACCCAACAUUACCAAGAGACUAUAUUGAUACCUUUCUGAUAGAGAUGGGAAAGAAUGAGAACAAGAAUUCAAGUUUUGCUGUCAGCAACUUACGUGCUUGCACCAUGGACCUGUUUUUUGCUGGAACUGUAACUACCACCACUACUUUACACUGGGGGCUGCUUUUCAUGAUCUAUUACCCUGACAUACAAGGUAAGCGUGUGUGUCUUGGAGAACAGCUGGCCCGGAUGGAGUUAUUUUUGUUUUUCACCUCCAUCCUUCAAAUGUUUUCUCUGUCACCACCUGCUGGAGAGCAGCCCAGUCUGGCGUUUCGGAUGGGAGGCACCCAUUGUCCCAAACCUUACCGCCUCUGUGAUGUAACACGUUGA